UCGGCACAGUGGAUGAACGCGAGGCGAGCUCUGCCUGCCUGCCUGCGUGCGUGCGUGCGUGUGUGCGGUUCUAGCUAGUUGUCUGGAUCCUUCCUUACAAUUUGUUCACUGCUGAAACCGCUUUCUCUGCUUCUUCUUUUUUGAGAGACGUGACGCGUGUCUUUUUUUCGGUCCACCAUGGGCGACAAAAAGAGCCCGACCAGGCCAAAAAGACAAGCCAAACCGACGGCGGAUGACAGAUUUUGGGACUGUAGCGUCUGCACGUUCAGAAACAGCGCAGAAGCUUUCAAAUGCAGCAUCUGCGACGUACGGAAGGGCACAUCCACCAGGAAGCCCAGGAUAAACUCCCAGCUGGUGGCUCAGCAGGUGGCCCAGCAGUAUGCCACCCCUCCUCCCCCAAAGAAAGAGAAGAAGGAGAAGCCCGAGAAGCCUGAGAAGGAGAGAGCGGACAGCGAGCGUCCCGACAGAAACGUACCUGAAGGCGAGCACCCCAGCAAGGAGAAGAUCGAGAAGGACCAGCCUGACAAGGAGAAGAAGGACAGAGAGAAAGAAAUCACUCCUGCCAUCACCAAGAAACCCAACAGCAAAAAGACCAGACCCAAGACAGACAGCCAUCAAAGCCCGCCCAGCGAAAGAAACAGCAUACAGUCUGGAAAAUCGACCACCAAGACUAAGAACUCUCACAUCUCAAGACCCAAACUGAAGAACGUGGACCGGAGCACUGCCCAACAGCUGGCCAUCACAGUGGGGAACGUCACGGUGAUCAUUACGGACUUUAAGGAGAAGACUCGUUCCUCUUCCACCUCCUCCUCCACAGUCACCUCCAGCGCAGGCUCCGAGCAACAACACCAGAGCUCUGGCUCAGAGAGCAUGGACAAGGGCUCGUCACGUGCCUCCACACCCAAAGGAGACCUCUCGGUGGGGCACGACGAGUCGUUCUGAGCCUCCAACUUCCCCUUUCCCUCUGGACACUGUGGAGAUGCUGGGAGCCCCAAGGGCUGGCCGAUUCACAGUUCUCCCAUGCCCUGCCCUGAUCCCACCUCAUUUGUUUUCCCAUAACUGAAAGAGGGACGAAUGCUCUUCAUACACACACAGACCCACAUGCACACACCUUUACACAUGAAUAUUGACUUGUGCAUACAUACACACCCGCGCUUUCCCUCUCGAUUGAUUGGUGGAGAUAACGACAUCUCGCUGGACCUCACCCAUGGAUAGUCACCGUCACACCUCAGCAGCACUGGAGUAACAGCAGGGCCUCUGGGAUUAGUGCCCCCUCCUUGAAGGCAUCCCACUCUUGUAUGUAUUGUUUUAUAUUUGUAAGUGAAUAUCAGGCUGAAUCAACUCU